CGUAAUUGUCCUACUUAUUUGCAACACUAAGCAGAAUGAAGAAAACCGUAAACUGGAGCUGGGAGGCCACGUUGGGUUCGACAGUCUCCCAGAUCAGCUGGUCAGCAAAUCAGUUUCACAGGGAUUCCACUUCAACAUCCUCUGUGUAGGUGAGACGGGUAUUGGAAAGUCAACACUAAUGAAUACUCUAUUCAAUACAACAUUUGAGAAUGAAGAAGCCAGCCACUAUCUGAAUGAGGUAUAUCUCCGCCCCCAGACGUAUGACCUGCAGGAGAGCAGUGUGAACCUCAAGCUGACCAUUGUGCACACUGUUGGGUUUGGAGACCAAGUCAACAAAGAACAAAGUUACAAGCCCAUUGUUGACUACAUUGAUGCCCAGUUCGAGAAGUACCUCCAAGAGGAGCUAAAAAUUAAACGUUCUUUGUUUAACUACCAUGACACAAGAAUCCACACCUGCUUGUAUUUCAUCGCUCCCAACGGACACUCCCUGAAGUCCCUGGAUCUCGUUGCGAUGAAGAAACUGGACAGCAAGGUGAACAUCAUCCCAGUUAUUGCAAAAGCCGACUGUGUGUCCAGAAGUGAACUUGACAAAUUAAAGAUCAAGAUUAUGAGCGAGCUGGUCAGUAAUGGAGUGCAAAUAUAUCAGUUUCCUACAGAGGACGAGGCCAUUACAGAGAUCAAUUCCUCCAUGAACAGCCACCUUCCCUUUGCUGUGGUUGCAAGUGCAGAAGAUGUCAAAGUCGGGAAUAAGCUGGUGAAAGCGAGGUUGUAUCCAUGGGGAUCAGUCCAAGUGGAGAACGAAAGCCACUGUGAUUUUGUGAAGCUGAGGGAGAUGCUGCUGCGUGUGAACAUGGAGGACCUGAGAGAGCAAACACACACUCGGCACUAUGAACUUUACCGUCGCUGCAAGUUGGAAGAGAUGGGUUUCAAGGACACAGAUCCUGACAGCCAGUCGUUCAGCCUUCAGGAGACAUAUGAAGCCAAGAGGAAAGAGUUCCUUGUGGAACUGCAGCGCAGAGAGGAGGAAAUGAGGCAAAUGUUUGUCAAUAAAGUCAAAGAGACGGAGGCAGAGCUUAAAGAAAAAGAAAAGGAGCUUCACGACAGGUUCGAGCUGCUCAAACGGAUGCACCAGGAAGAGAAGAGGAACCUUGAGGAGAAGAGACGAGAACUAGAGGAAGAUAUGAACGCCUUCAAUAGAAGAAAGGUUGCCGCGGAGACGCUGAUGGGCCAGACGCUCCAAGGCUGCUCGCAACAGCCCUUCAAGAAGGACAAAGACAAGAAGAACUUCUUUAGCCUUCCAUCUGCGUGCUCCUUAUCCUCGGGAAGGAAUUUGAAUUAGAAGACUUCUAAAGCUCAUUUAAGCAAUCAGCUGUAUUAUUUUUACAAUGUGAAAUAACAGUUUUAUAGAAAUACCUGCAAACGAAGUCUUCAGUGUCUGCUAAACCCUCUGUCCUGUCUUCAAACUUCUUCACCCAGUGGCAUGCUUUCUGCAUGGAAUUGUAACCAUCCCUCCUGUUAGUUAUAAAGAUAUUUUUUGCCAAAGUUUGCUCUAAAUGUGCAAUCUGUGCUGCAUUCACCAUUUCUGUUUGUGAGAUUUAACUGAUACUUUACACUGUGAAAUUUGAACAUGAUAUUGCUGUUAAAGCUACAGUGUGCAGGAAUUUGGGGCGUUUAAUACGAGAAAUGGAAAAAAGCAUUCAUAGCUGUUUGUUCAUCAUAAUUACCUGCAACAAUGAAACAAUGUGUAUUCAUUAGCUUUGAAUGAAUCGUUCAAAUCUAGACAGAAGCGGGCCCCCUUAUGGAGCCACCAUGCUGCAGCACCAUGUUCAUACAGUAACCUGAAGGGGACAUACUUACCCCGUCUCUUGCAUUUUGCUGCAUGGCCAGAAACCUGUUUGCUAGUUCAGGCUAUGAAGUUUGAAAACCCUCAUUUUUGUGGAAUGGAGGAUCAUGCACAUUACUUAUAACAAGAGCAGGCAAUGUGAAGGGAAACAAACAUGACUGGUGAUAGCAUGUUGUAAUCUGCAAUCUCACCACUAGAUGACGCUAAAUGUUGCACACUGUAGUUUGUAAUUUAUGGUUUAUAAUAUGCACUUUAAAUAAAACUAGUCUUUUAUUUUAUAAAAUUAUGAAAAUGUAGCCUGUUAUUCUAACAUGUCAGCACUUAUAUUGAAACACAAAUUUUAAACUAAAUACAAUAUGUAUUCAAGUGUUAGUCAAAUGUCAGCAGACUGGAUAUUUAAGAUUAACCGUAAUAUAUCUAUGGGAAGGUCUGUGGGUCUGCUUGUAGAUUUAAUAUAUCCUGCUGUAAUAAAAGAGGUACUUUAUUGAAA